GCGAAAGAAGCACUUUGUGUCAGAGAGGGGAACGGACACAAUACAGACGGAAAUACAAUAUUAGGAUACGCCUUAUAGAGCAAAGAUUAAAAGGAAGAAAGUGCAGCUUUCCUCAGAUCAGCGAUGACCAGUUAAUGCUGACUGUCUGCUUACAGUGAGGAUGAACAUGGAUGAAGGCUGAAAGAGCACGCUUUUCAAGUCUAGUGCUGCUACAGCGAGGAGGAAUGAAGAAGAAACUUUUUGGAUGACGUCCACAAGACAUCGCUUAUUAUUAUAACACCAUGAGAGACAUCACCAGUACCACCACCACCACAUAAAAGGACUUCUGCUGUUACAUCUAUCCAUGAUGUCCAAAUCUCAGGAGCAGAGCCUAAAUGAGGAUGUGGUCUUCCUACCUGCAAAUGAGUCCAACCCGGAGUUCCUCCAUUCAGAGGUGGAACGCAGCGCCCUGGAAUCCCUGCUUAGAGACGGCCCUGGAGCUUUCUACACCAAACUGAGCGCACAUCGACUCGAACCCUUUCUCUCCCCAGAGGAGGUGAACCAGGUCUCCAGCUGGGUGGAGGAUCAUCACGUGGAGGUCGUGGAAAACGGGGACAUUGGGAGUGAAAGCAGCUCAGACGUGCAGGGCUUAUCGGAUCAGUAUUUCCCCGCGCUUUCAGACACGCCGGCUCCAUGUCUGGAGCUUGGAUGGCCGGAGAAGGACAGAUGGGACGGUGUGGGGCGAGCCAUGGUCUACACCAAUCCUCCGGUGGAGCAGGCUCCUCACAUCCGUGAGGUGAUCAGGAGGCUGCUGCAGGGAGCCACCAUGCUGAUCGCCAUCGUAGCAGACAGAGUCACAGACAGCACCGUGAUCAGGGAUCUGCACUCAGCUGCAUCACGAGGUGUUGUUGUCUACAUCAUCGUGAACCAAAGACCUGCACAAGUUAACCUAACGCCAAACCAGCUCAAGCACCCGAACAUAAUAGUUCGGAUUUUGGGUGGAAAGACGUUCAUGUCUGGGGAUGGGAAGAUGGUGGUGGGAGAGCUGAAGGAGAACUUUGUCCUGGUGGAUCUGGAGACAGUGGUUCUGGGCAGCUACAGCCUGACCUGGACUGAUGCUCAUCUACACCGGCAGCUCAUCACUGUCAUGAGUGGCCCGGUGGUGGAGUUAUUCGACCGGGAGUUCCGCAUCCUCUACGCUGCCUCACAACCCGUUCCUGACUCGUGGAAAUCUGCCAGACCCAUGGAGCUUCCCAAGAGUGACAGAACUCUUUACCAACCAGAACCAAAUACCCAAAAACUAGUGCUGCUCGAUUGCCCUCCCAGCCCUCCACCACCCAUUGCUGACUCUCCUAUAGACUGGGAUGCUCUCGGAGUCUUUCAGAAGAGUCAAGACUCUCCAGAAGACCAGGCGUUGCCUGAGUUUUCUGAAGAACCGCCAAAGUUUCUCAGAACGGGACCUGACUGGCAUACUGGGGCUCCUGGAGCAGGUGUAAUAGAUCUUCAUAUCAAUGAAUGGCAGGAUGAAAGCAAGUUAUAUCAUGUUACGGCUGAGCCGAGGCAUGUAACAGAUCAUCAAGCGAUGUUUUGGAACACGCAAAAACCAGAGAGGCUUCAGCAUGGGUUUCUGACAGAACGUGACAAGGGAGCAGCCAUGUUCAGGCACCGAGACUUCAGGCUGGAGAGGAAUCUGAUGGAAGACAUUGUGCCCUUCUCACGUGCUCACAAACAGGACUGUCUACCAAGUCUGGACAGGAGCUGGGGGGAAAAUACUAUCCCAGAGGAGAUGACACCCGGGUCAGCUGCAGCACCAGUCCAUCAUAAGAAACCCAUUAUUGUGAGCUUUCCUCAGACCGACAACUCUUGGAAUCUGGGUGACGUCCUGAAAAAGAUCAGCAUUGAUCACAGCACCAAGGGCCUGCAGACAAAAAUGGCCAAAAACACAAUCAGCAAAUCCACUCUGGACCUGAGUUCACCGGGGACCGAGACCCUGCAGAGGAGCCAGAGUCAGGCCAAUUUAUACGACAGCUUCCCGAUAACUCCGGCUCUAGCCCUGAUGAAAAAGCGCAACAAUGAGGUCAAAUCUUCAUUUCUGAGGGGCCAGAAGGAUUUCCAGCCGCUACCCAGACCACGCAGUUUCAGUUUAGGCCUCAAGAGGGACACGUGGAAAUCUGCUUUCCUCAGAGAACAGAAUAAUGAGGAGGACAAGUGAAGAAAUCCCGACCAGACGAGCACGAUGUAACGCGGAAGAUAAAUACCGUUCUCCGAUUUGGACAAGCUUGAAGGCUAAUUCACAAUGGCAUUGUUUGGAUUUAGUCGACUGAACACUAAGAAAGGACCUUUUAUGUCACUAAAUGAUUGAGGAGACAUGUUUAUAAAUCAUCUGGGCUAAAGAUGAAGUGAUUGUAAUGUCUCAGUAGUAUUUGAGAUUUAAAAUUAUGGUACGACAAAAAGUAAUAAAGAGAAGAAUUGGUGUCAUAGUGCCAGAAGAA